UUUGAGUACCCAACGCGGGUCAUUCACAUGACGUAAUUAUUUACCACCUAAUUUGCUUCAAAACUUCAACGCCCCCUAUCAAACAUUUCACAGAUCCCAAACCAUAAAUAUAAAGAUAUCCCACUCCCCCAUUGUUGAUCUAUCAAAACUAGAACCAAAAGCCAUGGCUGCAGGCUCCAACGUUCCUUACAGUGCAACUUCAAAACCACCCAAACCCAACGCCGUCUUCUCCAUCCUUUCCCUCAAAAGGACCAAAUUAGUAAUAAUCGUCUUUCUCUGCACAUUCUUCUACAUCCUCGGAGUAUGGCAACACGGCGGCGGCCCCGGCGCCGCCACCAUUUCCAGAACCACCUCAAUCUCAUGUCUACAGCCCAUCAACACCACCACCCCAGCCGGCCUUGACUUCUCCAGCCACCACAUGGCGGACGGGGAGUUUGCCACAUCAGAGGGGGUCAAAGUCUACCCUCCAUGCGACGUCAAGUACAGCGAGUACACUCCAUGCGAGGACCAGAAAAGGUCGCUGAGAUUCGACAGGCACAGACUUAUAUACAGAGAGAGACACUGCCCGGAGAAACAUGAGCUCCUCAAGUGCAGAGUGCCCGCACCGCACGGUUACAAGAACCCGUUUGCGUGGCCGAAUAGCAGGGAUCUGGCGUGGUACGCGAAUGUGCCGCAUAAAGAAUUGACGGUGGAGAAGGCUGUGCAGAAUUGGAUCAGAUAUGAAGAUGAUCGGUUUAAAUUUCCUGGUGGAGGAACCAUGUUCCCUAACGGUGCUGAUGCAUAUAUUGAUGAUAUUGGGAAGUUGAUCAAUCUCAAAGAUGGCUCUAUUAGGACCGCCAUUGAUACAGGUUGUGGGGUGGCAAGUUGGGGUGCUUAUCUUCUGUCACGCAACAUUCUAACGAUGUCGUUUGCACCAAGAGACACACAUGAAGCGCAAGUGCAAUUCGCACUAGAGCGAGGAGUUCCUGCCAUGAUUGGAGUUCUCGCAUCCCAGAGAGUCCCUUACCCGUCCAGAGCUUUCGACAUGGCUCAUUGUUCUCGCUGCCUCAUUCCUUGGGGCCAAUUCGAUGGGAUAUUCUUGAUUGAAGUUGAUAGAGUACUACGACCGGGAGGGUACUGGAUUCUUUCAGGCCCUCCAAUAAACUGGAAGACUCAUUGGAGAGGAUGGGAGAGGACGAAAGAAGAUUUAAACGAUGAACAAAAUGUUAUUGAGAAAGUAGCCAACUCCCUUUGCUGGAAGAAAGUGGUGGAGAGAAAAGAUAUUUCUAUCUGGCAAAAACCGCUCAAUCAUUUGGCUUGCAAAACUACUCGAAAAAUGGCCCAAUCCCCACCCUUUUGCCCUGCUUCUCAGGAUCCAGAUAGUGCCUGGUAUACAAAGAUGGAGACUUGCUUGACUCAUCUGCCUGAAGUGUCAAGCAUUCAAGAAACUGCAGGCGGUGAAUUGGCGAAAUGGCCAGAGCGAUUAACCGCAAUUCCACCAAGAAUUAGCAGAGGAUUAGUAAAAGGAGUGACACCUGAAGGCUUCCUGGAAGAUUCUGAACUAUGGAAGAAGAGGGUUUCAUACUAUAGAACCGUGAACAAUCAAUUAGGACAACCUGGAAGAUACAGAAACCUUUUGGACAUGAAUGCUUACUUGGGUGGAUUUGCAGCUGCACUCGUUGAUGACCCUGUUUGGGUUAUGAAUGUGGUUCCUGCCGAGGCAGAGAUCAACACUCUUGGACUUAUUUAUGAGAGAGGACUAAUUGGAACGUACCAGAACUGGUGUGAAGCAAUGUCAACUUAUCCGAGAACUUACGAUCUCAUUCACGCUGAUUCGGUGUUUAGUCUUUACGAGGACAGAUGUGAAAUGGAGGAUAUCUUGUUAGAGAUGGACAGAAUCUUGAGGCCAGAGGGGAGUGUAAUCUUCAGAGAUGAUGUUGAUGUAUUGGUAAGGAUGAAGAGGAUUGCUGAUGGUAUGAAGUGGGAAAGUCAGAUUGUUGACCAUGAAGAUGGGCCCCAUCAGAGGGAGAAGCUUUUGUUUGCAGUGAAGUCGUAUUGGACAGCCCCUGCCUCAGAACAAGACAAGUCUCAAACACGCUAGCCUUCAAGCAUUCCUGUCUUUCCUUCUUUUUUUUCAAGCAUUCAUGUCCUCUGUUGGCUGCUGCUUCUUUUUUCCUACUUAUUUGCCUUUCGUUUCAUUUCUGAUAUACUGAUUCUUUCAUAUUAAAAGGGUAAUCAUAUUAUUUAACCAUUAAUGGU